AUGUCUGAAACGUGUCGUUUUGAAGAACAUCAUUCACAUACUGCAGGUGCCCACGAGCAUGGAGAUGGACACGUUCAUACACACGCAGGACAUGAUGCUCACGAGCAUGGUCAUACUCACGAGCAACUUGAUCAUCCAGGUUUAUAUCAAGAACGUCCUAAGGCUAUUUAUGAAAAUAGAGAUUGGUCAGAGAGAGCAUUUACGAUUGGUAUUGGAGGACCUGUAGGUUCAGGAAAGACGGCUUUGAUGUUGGCUUUAUGUCAAAGACUUCGUGAUACAUACUCUCUUGCAGCAGUUACGAAUGAUAUCUUCACUAAAGAAGAUACAGAGUUUUUAGUAAGAAAUGCUGCUUUACCUGAAGAACGUAUUAUGGCUAUUGAAACUGGUGGAUGUCCUCAUGCUGCUAUUCGUGAAGAUGUAUCUGCCAAUUUGAAUGCUUUGGAGACUCUUCAUAGUAAAUUCAAUACACAAUUAUUACUGAUUGAAUCAGGUGGAGAUAAUUUGGCUGCUAACUACAGCCGUGAAUUAGCUGAUUAUAUUAUUUAUGUGAUUGAUGUAGCUGGUGGAGACAAAGUACCUAGAAAAGGAGGUCCAGGUAUCACUCAAAGUGAUUUACUGGUUAUUAACAAGACAGAUUUAGCCCCUAUUGUUGGUGCAGAUCUUGAUGUUAUGGCUCGUGACGCUAAAAAGAUGAGAGGCGAUGGCCCUACUGUCUUUGCUCAAGUUAAGAACGGUGUUGGUAUGGAUGAAAUUAUCUCUCUUAUUUUAGGUGAAUGGCGUGCAAGUGGUGCUGCUAAAGAGUCCUCUUGA